AUGGCGUCUCCCGCCACAAUCGCUCUGAUCCUUGUUCUGAAGCUCCACAAGAUCAAUCUUCCUUCGAAUCUCUCCGGCAUACACGUGGACACGGUACGGCUCCGCUGCGGCAGCCUGCGCCGCUACGGAGCCACGAUAAAAGAAUUCGAGCUCAGCGCAGGCACAUACGCCCGCCCCUGCUCCAAAAGAAUUCUAAUAAUCCGGCAAAAGCUGGGAUCGAACUGGUCGUCGCUCUAUUACUCGAAUUACGAGCUCUCCGGGUACGAGCUCAUAUCCCCAGUGCUAGGCCUGCUGGCCUACAACAUCGGGGCGGCCGCGGAGAUCCGGCUCCAGGCCGGGAUGAGGCCGAUCCGGAUUGACUUCAGCGGCGUGGCUGAGGGGAAUGGGAUGAUUCCAAUGUGUGCGAGGUUUGAGGAGGAUGGGAGAGUGAGUGUGUGGAGGCAGCCGAGGGCGAACGUGUGUGUGGCGACGGGGCAGGGGCAUUUUGGGGUGGUGGUGGAGGCGCCACUGGUGCCGCUGAGGAGGAGGGCGGGGAAGUGGAGGAUGGCGGUGGGGGGGGCGAUAGGGGCGGGGGUGGGGGUGUUACUGCUGAGCCUGCUGGGGGUGGCGGUGGUGGUGAAGAUUUACAGACAAGAUUCAGGUAAAAAACCUCCACUAUCAGGAAGGAUUAUCAAGUAG